UCACCGCCUCUUCUCCGCCCCGCCGCAGCCAAAUCGCGCUUCUGCGCAGUUGGUGUUAUUGUGACUGCCGGGCCGUGGCCCCGGAUGUUGUGGCUGCUGGAGGGGAGAUGGAGGAGGCUGAAGGGGUGGCCGCGGCCCCGGGCCCAGCUUCGGGGUUGGCUUUCAGGGACCGCCGAGCUAUGUCCGGCUCCUGGGAGCGCGACCAGCAGGUUGAGGCGGCGCAGCGGGCCCUGGUGGAGGUGCUGGGCCCUUACGAGCCUCUGCUGAGCCGGGUGCAGGCAGCCCUGGUGUGGGAGCGGCCGGCCAGGAGCGCCCUGUGGUGCCUGGGGCUGAACGCGGCGUUCUGGUUCUUCGCACUGACGUCCCUUCGCUUUGUGUUUUUACUUGCAUUCAGCCUGAUGAUCAUUGUCUGUAUUGACCAGUGGAAGAACAAGAUUUGGCCUGAGAUAAAUGGUAAGAUUUGUAGCAUUUACAACAAUUUGAACUUGUCUGCAUGUCCGCGCUGGACUCCGAUUCCAGCCUCUAACCCCGUCUCCAUAGUGCCCAUCCCUACCAGUCCUUGGCCCUGUAGCAGAGACGUAAUUGCUGCUGCUUUCUUCUCCCAGUUCUGCCUGCUGAGCUGUGGGAUACUGACCUUUUUGGCUAUGUUGGGCCGCUACAUCCCUGGGCUCCUGCUGUCCUACUUGAUGCUUGUCAUCAUCAUGACGUGGCCUCUUGCUGUCUAUCACCGACUGUGGGAUCGAGCCUAUGUGCGCCUGAAGCCAGCUCUGCAGCGGCUGGACUUCAGUGUCCGCGGCUACAUGAUGUCCAAGCAGAGAGAAAGACAAUUGCGCCGCAGAGCUCUAUACUCAGAACGUGUGGUGGACAACCACAGUGACAGUGAAGAGGAACUUGCUGCCUUCUGUCCUCAGCUGGACGAUUCUACCGCUGCCAGGGAACUGGCUAUCACAGACUCGGAGCACUCUGAUGCUGAGGUCUCCUGUACAGAAAAUGGCACGUUUAACCUGUCAAGAGGCCAGACACCUCUAACAGAAGGCUCUGAAGACCUAGAUGGUCACAGUGAUCCAGAGGAAUCGUUUGCCAGAGACCUUCCAGACUUCCCUUCCAUUAAUGUGGACCCUGCUGGCCUGGACGACGAGGACGACACCAGCAUUGGGAUGCCUAGCUUGAUGUACCGCUCCUCAGCAGGGCCUGGGGACACCCAGGGCCUCCCUGCUAGUCGGAAUGAGGCUGCACUGCCAGAGCUCCUGCUUAGUUCCCUUCCCGGAGGAUCUAACCUUACCAGCAACCUUGCCAGCCUGGUCUCCCAGGGUAUGAUCCAACUGGCCUUGUCAGAGGCCUCCCAAACAGACUCUUCUGGCCCACCUCCCCGAAGAGCAGCAAGAGGCUUCCUCCGGGCCCCUAGUUCAGACCUGGACACUGAUGCUGAGGGAGAUGAUUUUGAACUUUUGGACCAAUCAGAGCUGAAUCAGCUAGACUCUGCCAGUUCUAGGAGCCACUGAGACUCCUUUGAGGGGGUCACUGUGAUGUAGGUUAUUUUCCUCCCCCCACUUACUGUGAUGGGGCAAGGGAAGAACUCAGUCUUGUUCCCUGAAUUUUAUCUGUGUGCUGGGUGGCCUGGCUGACGCAGAGGCCUGCUGAGAGAACAUACUCUUACCCUGCUGCCAGCGAGACGCCGUAUCUGUGCUUAGUCACUGAAGUGAGAACACACGCCCCCCAGGGAGGCUUCUCUCCAUCAGGGUGGUACUGCGGGCACCAAAGGGAUCUGAUUCCCCUUUGAGGAGGUAGUGCUGUUUGCUUUUAGUCUGGGUGCUCAGGGGCCCUCACUGAUACAAGAGCCCAUCUCUUCUCACCUCACUGGAGCCACAGAAGCCAGGCAGCAGCUACAGGAGUCAUCAUCUGUGUCUGUUACCAUGAUUUGAUUUGUGUCCUUUGGUUCUGCAGAGCAGGCCCACUUCCUGUCCCUGAGCCCAUCUUCAUUUCUAGAUGGCUGACCCUGAGCACUCCAGAGUGCUCGCAGAGUUUGAGAAGUGUGAACAUGAUGUGGGGCUGAGCCUCUUCUGUAUCACCUUGAGCUAUAGGACCAAUGGCUGGUGGGGCUGGUGAGCGCCCAUCUUGAGGUCUCAUGGAAUCUUCUGGAGCUGUGUGGUUGUCUUUGGUGCUGUUAACCCUUGGCUCCCUUUGGCCAUCAGUCUGAGCAGUGAGCAAAGCAAUAUCAUAUCCAUUUUUAUGUUCCUCUUUAUUCCUCUGCUCCUCCUCUGGAGAAGCAAUAAUCCCACAGGGGAUGGAUGGCAAAGUAGCACUUUACAAAUGGCAUGGCAUUCAUCCAGGAGCCACCAGCUCUUCUCCCAUACUGCUUCCUAACUCCUGUAAGGAGGAGCCCAGUUAGUAAGGAGGUGUUGGUAAUCAGCAGAGACCUUAUGAAGGGUAGGUGUUCUGCAGUCCCGAAUCAAAUCAUGUGAAACAACCCCUUAAAUGAUCAUUGGUUCUCAACCUGUGCCAGCGCACUGCCUCUCUGUCUCCCAAAUCAGAGCUCAAGCCAAAUUCUUGUAUCCUCUUUCCCUCUUGCAUUAACCCUUUGCUGAUCCUCAGGGACCACUCCCCCAGCACUCCCAUGUUUGGGUGAGGGAUGUUGGACAGAGCCCAUUUUCAUGUGCUGCAGGUUGGGGGUUGUGCUAACACUUUUGCUCUUGGUGAUGGACAAGGUAGAGGCCAGGGAGUGAAAAUACUUAACAGUGAGAAGAGGAAUGGCAGGUGCCUGCUUCACAGUCAGUGGGUGUGAAAGUUAGGCCUAAUAAUGGCACCUCCCCACUCCGGGUUCUCAGUUACUUUGGACAUCUCUUUCCUUAGAGCCAGAUGUCUUACAGUUGAACUCUGAUGUGGAACAAACAAAGGGAGGUGAGGGAAAGGCUUGGGAUUUUGCGUGUUUGCAUGAGUGUGUGUAGCUUUAUGCUUUGGGAGUUGGCAAGAGGAAGAGGGAGGGAGGGAAGCAAAUCAGGUCUGUCUUGUACCCGAGGGAUCCUGCUCCCAAUCUCCCAACUCCUCCACUGUGAAUUGGGCUGGGGUGGGGGGUGCUGGGGAAUAAAUCUUGUAUGAGAACAAUCUUUAGGAGACUGCUGUUGAGUCAUGUACUUCCUUGAUAGGUCUCAUUGAUCUCAUAAUAGCUAAUCUGGGGGUGGUGACCCUCAGAAGAGGAAGCCAGGGGCCCUCCUGCCCUUUCUAAUUUUCCCUCAUGAGGCCGCAACUCCCCCUACAACCAAGACAUAAAUACAGCUAACACCCUU